CUUUUUACGCUUCCUUCACUCCCUGAAGGCCCCCCAGGAGUGGGUUCCCAGAGUCCAGAAAGAUCCAUGACAGCACGCGGCAUGCAACGCUCCAAUAAACGCAGGCACUUGUCUCGGGAGAGGUCUCCUAGCAAGCGCACCAAGCGCCACGCAAAUCACGACGGUUCGAAGGGGUUUGAUUCACUCCCGGACGAACUGAUCCUGCACAUUGUCCAUCACGCCCUCCGGAGCCAGAAUCGUGUGUCCACGUUGACCAGUUUUGCCUUGACAAGCCGCCGUCCCUCCCGCAUUGUAACGCCAAUUCUGUACACAACAUGCAACAAUUCUACCGGAGACUCAGCAAAGUUCUUGCGCACAAUCAUCAACGCGCCGCAUCUAGCCAAUAUGAUCUCGGACAUCCACUGGGUCUAUGGCCGGCAGGACGACAUGAAACUUCUCGACAGCCAACUCGACCAUACCGAGCGCCGAGAACUAUACCACAAGCUCAAUGACCCUGGCCCCUCGAGCACCGGCACCGGCAGCAGCGUGUUCGCGCCCAGCAACAUUUUCGUACCCAGAAAAUCUCGGGAUUACCUGGUGGCUGUUAUGCUGCUUGCCCCGAAGCUUUCCUUCCUCGAUAUCAGCGACGGAUUGAUGCAAUUUCCUUUGGCGUUCUAUGGCCUGGGCUGUCUACGGUCGCUGCGAGAGAUGAGCGAGGUCAGAUACAUGGAUGUGGAGCUGAAGGCGUUUAGAAGGCCCAUGGAUGAAACCCAAGGACAGUAUACGACGAGCCUGGCGGACCACCUCCCCGCAAAUAUCGAGCACCUGGAUCUCUUUAUCGAGGGGAAAGGCGGAGAUUCUUGGAUGGAAGGGCUCGAAGACCUCGCGCGGUCCUGCAGGCUCCGAUUAUCGGCAUUAAAAAGACUUGAGGUGUACCAUGUUCUUGGUACGGUUCAGUACUCUGAGACGGACCAGAAGAGGCUUAUGGAUGCUUUUGAAGAGGAGGGUAUAAAAUUGGAGUUCCGCUUCGUCAGGGAUGACGACGAGCUUGGGCUCUGGACGAGAUGA